GGCAGAAGCGCCGCGAGGAGCCAGUGGAGCACUGCGCGGCUGGGGCGCAGCCACCCGAGGUUUCUCUUGCCCCCACACCCUUUCCCUAUCGCCCCUUCCACCCCCACCCCCGGCAACCUUCAGCGUUCCUCCCUAGGCAGUAUGGUGAGGUCUGCUCUCAGGCCCUCGCCACCAUGUACGUGAGCUACCUUCUGGACAAGGACGUGAGCAUGUACCCCAGCUCCGUGCGCCACUCUGGUGGCCUCAACCUGGCACCGCAGAACUUCGUCAGCCCCCCGCAGUACCCGGACUAUGGUGGUUACCACGUGGCGGCCGCGGCCGCUGCAGCCGCGAACUUGGACAGCGCUCAGUCCCCGGGGCCGUCCUGGCCGGCAGCAUACGGUGCCCCGCUACGAGAGGACUGGAACGGCUACGCGCCAGGAGGCGCAGCGGCUGCAGCUAACGCGGUUGCCCACGGCCUCAACGGGGGCUCCCCGGCCGCCGCUAUGGGCUACAGUAGCCCUGCCGACUACCACCCGCACCAUCACCCGCAUCACCACCCGCACCACCCUGCCGCCGCGCCUUCCUGCGCCUCGGGGUUGCUGCAGACGCUUAACCCGGGCCCUCCCGGGCCCGCCGCCACAGCCGCUGCGGAGCAGCUGUCCCCAGGCGGCCAGCGGCGAAACCUGUGCGAGUGGAUGCGGAAGCCAGCGCAACCGUCCCUCGGAAGCCAAGUGAAAACCAGGACGAAAGACAAAUACCGAGUGGUGUACACGGACCACCAGCGGCUGGAGCUGGAGAAGGAGUUUCACUACAGUCGCUACAUCACCAUUCGGAGGAAAGCCGAGCUGGCUGCCACACUGGGGCUCUCUGAGAGACAGGUUAAAAUUUGGUUUCAGAAUCGCAGAGCAAAGGAAAGGAAAAUCAACAAGAAGAAGUUACAGCAACAGCAGCAGCAGCAGCCCCAGCCGCCUCCCCAACAGCCUCCCCAGCCACAGCCGGGACCUCUGAGAAGUGUCCCGGAGCCCUUGAGUCCUGUGUCUUCCCUCCAAGGCUCAGUGCCUGGCCCUGUCCCUGGGGUUCUGGGGCCAGCUGGGGGGGUGUUAAACCCCACUGUCACCCAGUGACCCCAGUGGUCUGCGGUGGCCCCAGAGCAAUUCCAGGCUGAGCCAGGAGGAGCAUGGACUCCGCUAGCAUCCUCAGAAGAGACCCCUUCCUUCCCACCUACAAACAUAACCUACAAAUCUAGCUCUCAGAGGAAAAUUGGGAGCCAAGAGUAAAGACAAAUGGGAUUGGGGGGCCUCAAGGAAGACAUCUUCCCGAUUUUUUACUUUUUCCCCUCUGACUUUUUUGUCAGUGAGGAUAUAGGAAAUGAUCACUGAGGCUUCACUUGGUACUGACAGAAGUAUUGCCUGGACUGGCUACGGUGACCAAGCCUUCAGUCCUUUCUGUCCCAGCGCUUUGCCUCCAGAAUCUGUGGGAGGCCUCUCUUAUUGGAGCUGAGGGGAGAGAGGGGACCAGCAACACUUGGAGCCAAGAUGGCUAUUUCCUGCUCAAUGCCUUCCAAGAACCAGCUGGCCCUCCUGCCUCAGGGGCAGGCACAAUUUAAACUGCAGAAGCCAGAGGCAGCUAAGAUAGAAAGCUGGACUGACCAAAGACUGCAGAACCCCCAGGUGGUCUGUGUCUUUCUUCUCCUCCCUUCCCAGACCAGGAAAGGCUUAGCUGGUGCGUGUGAGUGUGUGGUGUGUGUGUGGGGGGGGUGGUGGUGGGGAGUGGACUCCAGGCAUAAUGUGGGAGGCCCCGCCCAGGGCCUUGUUUAGAAAGCCUGUCACCAGAGCUUCUCUGGGCUGAAUGUAUGUCAGUGCUAUAAAUGCCAGAGCCAACCUGGACUUCCUGUCAUUUUCACAAUCUUGGGGCUGAUGAAGAAGGGGAGUUUUUUUGUUGUUGUUGUUGUUGCUGUUGUUUGGGUUGUUGGUCUGUGUAACAUCCAAGUCAGCCUUUUAAAAGCCUUCUGGAUCCAUGGGGAGAGAAGUGAUAUGGUGAAGGGAAGGGGGUAUCUGAACACAGCUGAAG